UGGCACCAGCAUAUUGCGAGAAAUGUUUACAAAAUAAGAUGAGGUUAGGCGAAGCGUGAUUACUUUUUCAUUAGAAAAAUAAGGAUUUAACAUGCAAUUUUUAGAAAGCGUGUGCCAGCAUACGGUGGGCCGGUUCUUCACCGUAGAAAGUCCAUCAGGGUGCUGCGAGUUCCUGUCCGGGUCGCUUCUUCACGAGGUGUUCCACGCAACCAUGAUUUUCCUCAUCGGCCUCAUCGUCAUCGUGAUUGGCACCACCAUUGCGGUGGUAAGAUCGGAGAAGCCCAUCAAGCAUAUCUUCGCCGAAGCCAAAUUUGAAAUGAUCUACAAUUACAUAGGAUCUCGAUCGAUUUUCGAGGAUUUCAUUAUGCGCGGCCGAAAUAAAACAAAAUUGGAGAAGAAAUCUGGGAAGGUCGUAUUGAUCACAGGUGGAACGAGGGGCAUCGGAACAGAAGUCAUAAAGAUGUUAAUGCAGUGCGAUAUGCACGUAGUCAUGGGUUGCAGAAGUGUGGAAAGCGGCGAAAAGGUGUUAAAGGAAAUAAGAGAGGAUGUUAAAUUGGGCGAAUUGAAAAUAUUCCAGCUGGAUAUUAGCUCUUUGAAGAGUGUUCGAAAUUUCGCUGAUAAAAUUACCUCCGUUUACACUCAAAUUGAUUGCUUGGUGAAUAAUGCUGGUAUUAUGUAUGUACCAUAUGCUGAAAGCGAGGAAGGAUACGAAUCUCAAUUCGCUACCAACUAUUUAGGUCACUUUCUUCUGACUCACUUGCUCUUAGGUUUGGUGAAAAAAGCCGGAAGGGACGGUGAAAAUGCUAGAGUAGUUAACGUCGUUUCCUGCGCCUACCUCACAGGUGAUAUCGAUUUCGAGGAUAUCAACAAAAAGAACAUGUUCAUUCCUUUUGAAGCGUAUUCACAGUCGAAAUUAGCACAAGUUCUUUUUACCAAUUACCUCAAUGAAACGCUAAAAGAGAAAGGAAACUAUGUUCAAGUGCAUAGUGUGCAUCCAGGCAUUGUUAAUACAGACUUAUUCGAUGGAACAUACGUGAAAACGUUCUUCUGGUGGAUUCUUCCCUACAUUUUCAAAAGCCCCAAACGAGGAGCACAAAGUAUAGUUCACGCUUGCCUUUCGUCCGAUCUCGAGGGAAAAGGAGCCACUUACAUAAGCAAUUGCACGGUGAAGCCGCAAAUCGAAAAGGCCCUAGAUAAAGAAUUGCAGAAAAAGCUCUUCGACUUCACAAAAAAACUGGUGAACGUAGAGAACUUCGGUACUUGAGACUAAGAACAACAUAGUAUAUAAAUUAUAUAUUACUCUUUAUUAAUUAAUUAUUUAAG